AUGGCCAUCGAGAUCCUUCCCCUCACAAAAGAGGACAUCCCCUCGGCCGUAGCAUGCAUACAGAAAGCGUUCGCCGACGACCCGUACUUUCACUGGGUAUUCAACAAUAAAUCCGGGUUCAACAUUCACCGCAACGCUGCCUCUCUUGCUGCACACUUCCUCUACGGCCUCUCCUGCAACGAGCCUAUUUUCGUGGCCAAAUACACUACCAACACCCCCAGAGACAAGAUUCCCACCGAUUCCCCCGUCGUCGGAGUCUGCUGGUGGUACAGCCCGCAACCCCCGUCCGAGCCUGUCCCCUGGUCCGUCUGGGCGCAAGACUGGAUCCUCUCCUUCCGCCAGCUGUACAAUAACAUCCGAUUCGGUGGCCGAGGUGGCCUUAAUGUUCGUCGUUACUGGCUCUGGAAAGCCCGACAACAGGAGACUCACGACCGAGUUUGGACUGAUCCCCGCGGCUACUACUUCUGCAAUGUGAUCGCGGUCGACUCCUCAAUGCGAGGAAUGGGGCUGGGUCGGAAAUUGGUCGAGGUAGUUAGUCAACAAGCUGACCGAGAGGGCAUGCCUUGCUACUUGGAAAGUUCCAAGGGGUUUCCGAACCUGAUAAUCUAUGAGAAAUUGGGGUUCGAGAUGGUCAGUGAGAUUGAGUGUGUGGAUGGCAAGGAUAAAUGCAAGCUGUAUUGUAUGAUCCGUCAGCCAAAAAUAAAGGCGUAG